UGGGGGUCGCGGCGGCGCGUGCGCGGUGUGGCCGCGAUGGAGGGCGCUCGCACUAUCCGCCAGGUAAUAAAUGAAGGAGAUUCAAGCCUUGCCACUGAGUUACAGGAAGAGCUGGAGGAAAAUCCUAGGCCAACUGUGGAUGAGAGUAAUACAGUGUCAGCUAAAAAACAGGGACCACAUUUACAUAACUGGAGUGGUGACUGGAGCUUUUGGAUUUCAAGUUCCACCUAUAAAGACAGGAAUGAGGAAUACAAACGACAGUUCACACAUCUACCUGAUACAGAGAAGCUGAUAGCAGAUUAUGCUUGUGCUCUCCAGAGAGACAUUUUGGUUCAAGGACGACUGUACCUUUCAGAAAAUUGGCUGUGUUUCUAUAGCAACAUCUUCAGAUGGGAAACUACAAUUUCUAUUGCUUUGAAGAAUAUAACCUUCAUGACCAAGGAGAAGACUGCUCGUCUCAUCCCAAAUGCUAUCCAGAUUGUUACAGAAGGUGAAAAGUUUUUCUUUACAUCUUUUGGUGCCAGGGAUAGAAGUUACCUCAGUAUAUUUAGAUUGUGGCAGAAUGUAUUAUUAGAAAAGAGUCUGACCAGACAGGAAUUCUGGCAACUGCUCCAGCAGAACUAUGGCACUGAGCUAGGUUUAAAUGCUGAAGAGAUGGCAAACUUGUCACCAUCAGUUGAAGAUAAUGUGCAGCCAAGAAGUCCAGGAAGAAGCAAUGUGGAUGACUCUGGAGAAAGAGAUGAAAAAUUAUCCAAGUCCAUCAGUUUUACCCAUGAAUCAGUUAGUCAAGUUUCAGAAACAGAAUCAUUGGAUGGAAAUUCAUCAAAAGAAGGAUUAGGUAAGGAGGAGGCCCAAAGUGAGAAAAAGAUCAGAAAGAGUCCUUUAUUAACUUCAGAAAAGAGGCUGUGUAGAAAGCCAUCGAGAUCGCUGGACUUGAAUAAAAAUGAUUAUCUUUCUCUGGACAAAAGUAGCACUUCAGAUUCAGUUGAUGAAGAAAAUAUUCCUGAGAAGGAUCUUCAAGGAAGACUUUAUAUCAACCGUGUUUUUCACAUCAGUGCUGAGAAAAUGUUUGAAUUGCUCUUCACUAGUUCACGCUUUAUGCAGAGAUUUGCCAAUUCUAGGAAUAUAAUAGACGUAGUGUCUACUCCUUGGACUAUAGAAUCUGGAGGUGAUCAACUGAGAACCAUGACCUAUACUAUAGUCCUUAAUAACCCACUUACUGGCAAAUGUACUGCUGCUACUGAAAAGCAGAUACUGUACAAAGAAAGUCGGGAAGCACAAUUUUAUUUAGUGGAUUCAGAAGUAUUGACCCAUGAUGUCCCUUACCAUGCUUACUUCUACACCCUGAACAGAUACUGUAUCAUUCGAUCUUCAAAACAGAAAUGCAGACUAAGAGUUUCCACAGAUUUGAAAUACAAAAAACAACCAUGGGGCCUUAUCAAAUCUUUAAUUGAGAAGAAUUCUUGGAGUUCACUGGAGCACUAUUUCAGACAGCUUGAAUCAGAGUUGUUAAUGGAAGAAUCUGUGUUAAAUCAGUCCAUUGAAAAUGCUGGAAAACUUAGUGGCCUACGAAAAAGAAGGCGAACAUUAAACCGAACAGCUGAAACCGUUCUGAAGCUUGCUUCCCCGGGUUCUUCUGGAGAUAUGAGCUUAGAGACCAAAGGAGGCACUCCAGGAAAGAAAAAGAAAGUGGAAAAUUUUAACAUUGCUCUGAUUAUAGUAAUGAGUAUUUUUUUGAUAUUGCUAGUUUUGUUGAAUGUGACACUGUUUCUGAAGCUGUCAAAGAUUGAAUAUGCUGCUCAGUCCUUUUACCAUCUCCACCUCCAAGAAGAUAAAUAUUUCAGAGCAGAAGAUAGUCAAAAGGACAAAGAUCAGGCCCAUCGUUUAAAAGGAGUGCUCCGAGAUUCCAUACUGAUGCUUGAACAGCUGAAGAGCUCACUCAUCAUGCUUCAGAAAUCCUUUGAUCUACUAAAUAAGAACAACACCGGCAUGGCUGUUGGAAGCUAGUGAUCUUGUGGACUAAAACAUCUGGAAGACAACUAGAGGAUGAAGGAUUUUAAUUGUCCCAGGAAUGUCUCAUUUUCUUAUUGAGGCUUCUAAUAUGAAUAUUCUUUUUAAUAACAUUUGUUUAAUUAUUCUCUGAUGGCCUUAAGAAUUCUGUUUUUUGACUUCCCACAAUUUUUUAAACUAUGAAUUUUCCCAGUGAACUGUGAAAUACAUUCUAGAAUUAAGAUUCUAGUACAAAAAGAAAGUGAGACUGAAUUUGAUGCUUUAAAUUUGUCUGUUAGCACAGCAUCAGUACAUGUCCAACAGACUGCUUUCCCAGUUGUGGUUAGUUUAUGAGAUUACAGAAGAUAAUAUGAAUAGAAAGCUCUAGUAUUACCAGUUUGAAAGGACAGUUCUUUUAAACAUAUACAUUUCUAGGUUUUUAUCAUGUAAAUGUUACAGUGUCCUCAUUUAUUUGGUAUGCAAAGUCAGUAGUCCAAUGUUUUAGAUAUGCACGUUGUUUAUUAUAUGAAAAGUUCCUUGGUUAUUUGUAUCUUGAUGAAAGUUAAUUUUUUAAAAAAAUAUCAGAGGUGGGAUUGCCUUGCCUCUUUUAUAUACAUCAUUUGGCAGAAGAGUCAGUUUAGGAAAAGGAAACAUGUAGGAUACCAGUGCUCAAAAUGAAGAACCAUCAUCUGAGUUUUAAAAACCAGAACAUUAUGUUAAAAUCUGGACAUUUGAUAAUAGAUCAAAUGCAUACUUGGAUUAACAAUCUUUUAUGGUGAGAGUGACCUAUCUGAAAAUAAUUUGUUUUAGUGGCCACAUAUGGUGGCUUCAUUCUUUAUGUAUGUGUGUGGCUUUUUUUUUUAGUUGGUAAAUUAUAAGUCAGACACAAACUUCAGCUCUUUUGGGGCAUGUAUGUCCCAACACAAAUGUGCUGACUGAAGUGAGACAGACACAAGCUAGGGCUCUUUUAAAAAAGUUUUUAGGCAUUUAUGUGACAAUAAAAGCAGUUCAUGAAAAUUAGAGGACUUCGUGAACUGACCUGCAAUCAGAUUUUCUUUCAGGACUUAGGAAAACUUCAGGAAGUGUUUAUUGUUUUGUCUUUUUGAAGUCUUUCUCUGGAAUCUGUAGAUGUGUAUAUGGUAUAUAUAUUGCUACUAUUUGAACAACUAUUACUUAUAGUUAACUAUUUUCUUUUAUCAGAGCCACCAAAGCCACAUGGCAUUGCAAAAGUCAUUUUUGACAGAUGCCUGUAGGGAAUGAAAGUAUUGACUCCAUUAGAGGGAAAAUGAAUUUCAUUAGUUGAAUCCAAUUAACCUGGGGAUGCCAGUCUACCUACCUGUGGUUUUCUGGGUUAGAAUAUAAGUGUCUGACUGUAAGCAAUGACUGGAUUAUAAACUUGAAACUUUCUGUUAAAUUCACAAAGAUGAUCAUUGACAAACUAAAUGUUUUUAUGGAUUCUUUAAAACCUGUACUUUAUAACAUACCUCAAAGAUUACCAAAGUUGUUUUAUAAAGAUUAAAUAAAUAUGUAUGGA